AUGGAAGGCCUCCUCGCUGAGAUCAACAAGAAGAAGGAGGCCACCGCAGGCGAGAGCUCGGGCGGCAGCAAGUACAUGCGCCGCGGGGAAGCCGAGCGCGCCGCCGAAGCAGCGCGUGAGCGCAAGCGCGACGAGGAUCGUCGAAAGCGUGAAGAGGAGGAGGACGCCGAGCGGGAGCGCAAGAGCGAGCGUGCUGGCCGGAUGCGCAAGGAGGCCGAGGCCAUGCGCAACGCUUCGCUCUCCGCGCUUGCCGAUGGCGACGACACGCCCGGCGGCUCGCCUGCCCCGGACGCCGCGGCCAAAGAGCGCGGUCAGAACAUUACGUGGGACGAGUGCGUGCGGCGACUGCGGUCCAAGGGCCAGCCGAUCCGCCUGUUCGGCGAGACGGACAAGGACGUCCGCCACCGUCUGCGCGCGCUCGAGCUGCUCGGCGACAGGGGAAGCAAGGACCAGGUCGACUUUAAGCGCGCCGUGGAGGACCUCGAGGCGCGUGAGCUGGAGCGUAAGGCUCGCGGAGAGGACAAGACCCAGGCCGAAAAGGAAAAGAGCGACAAGCGGCGCCAGCCCGAUGGCCCGCUGGACCUCGGCCUGAUCAAGACAGACUUUAACAAGCUCCACCCGCUGAUCUACUGGGCGUUCAAGAACCUCCUCAACGAGUGGGAGGAGUGGCUCGCUGCCAGGCCAGACGACGUCAGGCGCAGCACAGAAGGCAAGCUGGCCGCGGCCAACCACGCCCAGUCGGCCCAGAACCUCAAGCCCCUCUUCCGCAUGCUGCGCAGCCGCGAGGCUCCCGAGGGCGUCGUCCGCCUCCUCGCCGAGGUGGUCCACUACGUCCAGAUCCGCUCGUACCAAAAGGCAAACGACGCGUACCUCCGCUUGUCCAUUGGAAACGCCGCCUGGCCGCUCGGCGUCACCAGCGUCGGUAUCCACGCGCGUUCGUCCCAGGGCAAGAUCACAGACAACAUUGCGCACGUCCUCAACGACGAGGUGUCGAGAAAGUAUAUCCAGGCCGUCAAGAGGCUGCUCACCUUCUCGCAAACUGUCCGUCCACCAGACAGCAUUUCCCAGAUGAUGGGUUAG